CGCCACUCCUCCCCCCCCCAGCCCCAGCCUGCGCCAUGGAGGAGCUGAGCCGGGACCGGCCGGGACGAACGGGCGGACCAGGAGGGCAGUGGCCGGGGCCAUGGCUGGGUGUGGCGUUGCUGUACUGCCCCAGGGCUCAGUAAGGCUCCAGACAGUGUAGCCCCCCCCCGCCCCCAGCUCAGUUGCCCCCUGCGAUGUGCCCCCGCCGGCCUCGGUGAUGUACGCGCCGGAGUGCAAGGCGGAGGUGACGCCGUCUCACCACGGGCAUCGCUCGUUCAGCUACACCCUGGAGGAACACACCAAGCAGGCCUUCGGCAUCAUGAACCAGCUACGGCUGAGCCAGCAGCUGUGUGACGUCACCCUGCGGGUGCGCUACCAGGACGCCCCCCCGGCCGACUUCCAGGCCCACAAGGUGGUGCUGGCCUCCUCCAGCCCCGUCUUCAAGGCCAUGUUCACCACGGGGCUGCGGGAGCAGGCCAUGGAGGUGGUGCCCAUCGAGGGCAUCCACCCCAAGGUGAUGGAGCGGCUCAUCGAGUUCGCCUACACGGCCUCCAUCUCGGUGGGCGAGAAGUGCGUGGUGCACGUCAUGAACGGCGCCGUCAUGUACCAGAUCGACAGCGUGGUCAAGGCCUGCUGCGACUUCCUGGUGCAGCAGCUGGACCCCAGCAACGCCAUCGGCAUCGCCAACUUCGCUGAGCAGAUCGGCUGCACCGAGCUGCACCAGCGGGCCCGCGAGUACAUCUACAUGAACUUUGGGGAGGUGGUCAAGCAGGAGGAGUUCUUCAACCUCUCGCACUGCCAGCUGGUGACGCUGAUCAGCCGGGACGAGCUGAACGUGCGCUGUGAGUCCGAGGUCUUCCACGCCUGCAUCAACUGGGUGAAGUACGACUGCGCCGGGCGGCGGCUCUACGUGCAGGCCCUGCUGCAGGCCGUGCGGUGCCACUCUCUCACCCCCCACUUCCUGCAGACCCAGCUGCAGAAGUGCGAGAUCCUGCAGUCGGACGCACGCUGCAAGGACUACCUGGCCCAGAUCUUCCAGGAGCUCACCCUGCACAAGCCCACCAAGGGCAUGGCCACGCGCGCCCCCAAGGUGGGCCAGCUGAUCUACACGGCCGGCGGCUACUUCCGCCAGUCGCUCAGCUACCUGGAGGCCUACAACCCCUGCGACGGCUCCUGGCUCCGGCUGGCGGACCUGCAGGUGCCCCGCAGCGGGCUGGCCGGCUGCGUGGUCGGGGGGCUCCUCUACGCCGUGGGGGGGCGGAACAACUCGCCCGAUGGCAACAUGGACUCCAACGCCAUCGACUGCUACAACCCCAUGACCAACCAGUGGUCGCCCUGCGCCCCCAUGAGUGUGCCCCGCAACCGCAUCGGCGUGGGCGUGAUCGACGGCAUGAUCUACGCCGUGGGCGGCUCACAUGGCUGCAUCCACCACAACAGUGUGGAGAGGUAUGAGCCGGAACGGGACGAGUGGCAGCUAGUGGCACCCAUGCUGACACGGAGGAUCGGCGUGGGGGUGGCCGUGCUGAACCGUCUCCUCUACGCCGUGGGCGGCUUUGACGGCACCAGCCGGCUCAGCUCGGCCGAGUGCUACUACCCGGAGCGGGACGAGUGGCGCAUGAUCGCCCCCAUGCAGACCAUCCGGAGCGGAGCGGGUGUCUGUGCUCUCAACAACUGCAUCUACGCCAUGGGGGGCUAUGAUGGCACGGACCAGCUCAACAGCGUGGAGUGCUACGACGUGGAGACAGACAGCUGGGCCUUUGCCGCCCCCAUGGGGCACCGGCGCAGUGCGCUGGGCGUCACCGUGCACCAGGGCAAGAUCUACGUGCUGGGCGGCUACGACGGGCACACCUUCCUGGACAGCGUGGAGUGCUACGACCCCACCAGCGACACGUGGACGGAGGUGACGUGCAUGACGUCCGGGCGCAGCGGGGUGGGGGUGGCCAUCACCAUGGAGCCGUGCCGCAAGCAGGUGGACCAGCUUGACUGCUGCUGGGACGGCCCCCCUCCAGCACAGGGGUCAGUGUUAACCAGCUGGGCCAGGGAGCCCCCUGCUGCUCCCAUUCUGCAGGGGGGAGCGUUUUUCCAAGUGCCAAGGGGGGUGGGGGCAGGGAAGUCCUGCCCCCCUCCCAGCAACAACCCCUCCCUCCCCACGCAGCCCCGUGGACCUGGCUCCCCGCCUGCCCUUUAGUUGGGAGAUGGGAAUGUGGGGUCUUCCCAGCUGCCUCUCGUCUCCCUGAUUCCUUCCCCUCCCUCCUCGGGAGGAGCCUCUGUGCGGGGGGGCCAAGACGCAGGAGUUGCCCUCUGCACCGCGCCGGGGAUCUGCCUCCUGGGCUCGGCCACUCAGCUCUCCUGGCCACAGCGGCUGUACCAGGCCCAGACGUUUUCUGGUGGCUGGAGAGAAACAUUCCCCUGUGGGACAUGGGGCAGUUCUUCCCCAGGGCUCUGGGGCAGCCAGGCUGCAGCUGGAGGAAACGGGCGAGCAGCCCCAGCUGCAGUUACCGACUAGCCGAGUGACGUUACCAUGCCUGACUUGCCUGGUGUCUCGUCUCACCAGUCACGCUCCAGCCCAAGCUGGGAGAUUGGUUUUAAUAAUUUCAAACGCUGAUUGUUACAUUAAUAAAAAAUCCCUUUGUGAUUA